AUGUAUUAUAUCUAUAUUAAUAAUUGUAAGGACAACUUUGAUUUUCGAAUUAAGUCUAUUCUUAUAUUCAAUAUGGUCUUAUAUAUUUUGUUUCAUGAAAUUUUCUAAAUCACUUUAGAAAUCUUUAUUAAUUUACUACUAGAGCUCUUUAGUAAAGAUUUCGUAGAAUUAUUUUGCUGCAUUAGAGUCUUUAUCAAUUUUUUACUUUGUAAUGAGAUAUUCAGGACUUUGGAAAUAUAUAUUAAGUUCUUCUUUUUCUAUUUAAAAUGUGUUAUCAUUAAAUUUUAUGUUUUAUUGUUAUUUUUAUGAGAGUAUUUUUUAGAGAAAAUCUAAAAAAUAAUUAUAAUAGCUUACUAAACUGUAUAUUAUAUCAUAGAAUAAGUUUAAAGGAAAAUUAAAAUUUAAUUUACAAGAGUAUAUAAGUUACAUUAUUACAUCUGCAAACAAUGCUUAAUUACGUUAAAAUAAUAACAUUUUGUCCAAUUUUUAAACUAUAUA